GUCCUGCAGGGCUCGGCCUCGGACUCCCUUGGAGGGGCCACUGGGGCCACCUCUCCGGGACUUCUUGCUUCCUUCCCCACAUGUCGCGCCUUUCCCACAGCCUCUAGCACAGCUGAGUCAGGUGAGGGGCUGGAACCGCACCACGGCAGAGAGCAGAGACUGAGCCUGGGGCAGAGUUCCGAGUCGAUCCAAGCCAGUUCUGUGCUAAGCCUCUAGGAGGGAAGGCUGGGGGGUAGAAUCCUCCCCUAAGUAUAUCUGGGGUCCUUGGCCUUCGACUCCUCUUCACCUGCCCCUCAACCCUCAAGAAAGGCCGUGUCGCAAUGGGUGACUGGGGCUUCCUGGAGAAGCUGCUAGACCAAGUCCAGGAGCACUCCACUGUGGUAGGCAAGAUCUGGCUGACGGUGCUGUUCAUCUUCCGGAUCCUCAUUUUGGGACUCGCGGGUGAGUCUGUCUGGGGAGAUGAGCAGUCAGACUUUGAGUGUAAUACGGCUCAACCAGGCUGCACCAAUGUGUGCUAUGAUCAGGCUUUCCCCAUCUCCCACAUUCGCUACUGGGUCCUGCAGUUUCUCUUUGUCAGCACACCCACACUGGUCUACCUGGGUCACAUCAUCUACUUGUCCCGGCGAGAAGAGCGGCUGCGGCAGAAAGAGAGUGAGCUGCGGGCUCUACAGACCAAGGACCCUCAAGUGGAGCAGGCACUGGCCACUGUGGAGCGGCAGAUGGCAAAGAUCUCUGUAGCUGAAGAUGGACACCUGCGCAUCCGGGGCGCGCUGAUGGGCACCUAUGUGGCCAGUGUGGUCUGUAAGAGCCUGCUGGAGGCCGGCUUCCUCUACGGGCAGUGGCGCCUGUAUGGUUGGAUGAUGCCACCUGUGUACGUAUGCCGACGCCUCCCCUGUCCACACCUUGUGGACUGCUUCGUGUCUCGCCCCACGGAAAAGACUAUCUUCAUCAUUUUCAUGCUGGUCGUGGGGUUGAUCUCCCUAGUACUCAACCUGCUGGAGCUGGCACAUCUCUGCUUCCGGUGUAUGGGGCACAAGCUGAGGGCCAGGCAGGCCAGGGCUCGGCCAAAGGCCUACUCUGCUGCACUGGGGGAUGGGGCUGGUGUUGGCAGUUCUGGGGACCCCUAUUCAGAUCGGAUGUUCUUCUACCUCCCCAUGAAUGAGACACCCACAUCACCUCCGUGUCCCUCCUACAACAAGCUGUCUAGUGAACAGAACUGGGCCAACCUGAAUACAGAAGAGAGCCUGGCCCCCCAGAAGCGGAGUAUGCUACCUGGGCCAGGGCCCUUGCUGACUCCCUCUGAGGGCUCCUACCUGGCCCAGUCUCCCCAGACUGGGGACAACCCCUCGAGUCGCCCUAGUAGCUCAGCUUCCAAGAAACAGUAUGUGUAGGUGGCCUGAGUCUUAACCCCCACACCACUGCAAACUCUAAGCAGAACUUUACUUUUCAGGGAAGAGUGGUAGGGAGAUGUUUCUCAGCCUCUUGUUUUGAAAGUGCCUCCCUCCCAAAUGGCAUGUGAGUGAAUCCCCCCACUAUAGACGGAGUGAUCUAGCCGGGAAUAUGGGGGCUGGUAUUCCUGUGGACUGCAGAGCCUGGCUACUUUUGGGCCUCUGGCCUCCCCAGACACCAAAGAGGCCACUAGCUGAGUAGUAGGUGAUCUCAGAUCAUGGUUCAAUGAUUAUUCCUGGGACCAAUUGAACUUUAUCCUAUCCUGGAAAGGCCAACAGUGUUGACAGUACUGUCUAUAUAGAUCCAGUUGUGGAAGUCCAAUGGGUCAGACAUCCCAGAUCAUGUCUUUUCUCUCCACCUCACCCCCAUCUUGUUUCAUUCUGUCCAGCCUGUAGGUAUUGGGCGGGGAAGGGGGUUGGGGAAUGGGACUCUUGUCAAUCCCAUGCUGUCAUGGGGGAAAGGGGUGAGGGAGAGUAUUGUAUCCCUUCAGGAUUGAGGGUUCUUGAUGUAAAAGUCUAAGGGAGCAGGACUCCCAAGUCACGUCCCUCUCUGGGUCCCCUAAGCCUUGGUGAAUAAGCUCCCAGGUGUCCACCCUGGACUCAAGUUUAAAAAUGCCCUUGGAAGAAGAGAGGUUGGUUUAUUCUAUAUUGGCCUCCACCAAAGGGAGCCCCUCACCCACAUACACAUAUUGGAGCCACUGGGCCCUAGUCAAAAGCUGUGACUACCUUGUCUGUGUUCUCACUUAGGGUGGGCUUAGUUAUGUCCUCACUCCACCCUGGAGAGAAGGAGCUAAGCCAGGGCUGGGAAAAGUGGGAUUGGACAUUUUCCCCACUAAAGUUCAGUUUUUUGUUCUUCUAAAAUAAAUGGAACUUGAACAUGA